AUGUCCUCAACCAUUGAGUCAGGCUUUCACCUGGCAGAUAGUAAAGGCUACAUGCUUGGCCGAGGCCAUGCUGCUGCUUGCCGUCUCAAUCUCCAAUUUUAUCUCUGGAAAGAUUCACUCAAAUUUAACAUUCACCCCUCUGUUGAAAUUCCCCCCAACCCUGUCAUAGCAGACGUCGGCACUGGAACUGCCAUAUGGCUACUCGACGUAGCUAAGUCAAUCCCUACUGCUACUCUUGAUGGCUACGACAUCGACCUCUCCAACACCCCUCCAGCCCACUGGCUCCCCAAGAGCCUCACCCUGCAUAAAUGGGACCUCUUUGACCCAGUCCCAGAGCAUCUGGUGGGUACAUACGACAUUGUCCACCUUCGUCUUCUCAUCCUAGUUGUGGAAAACAGUGAUCCUGUGCCCGUUAUCCGGAAUGCAGCCCGUCUGCUCAAACCCGGUGGAUAUAUCCAGUGGGACGAUCUAAAUUACCCAGACACCCAUGUGUUGAAAGUUGAUCCAGCACUGGAAACUCCGGCAUUUGACCGUUUACUCCAAUUUGUCUAUUCAAAUGGCCGCCAUGACUGGGUAUUGAAUUUACCUACACUGCUGGAGCAGAAUGGCUUUGAGAGCCCGCAGCUGGACCACUUUCGGGAUCGCAUGGAACUUGCUACCGCCAAUGGGGAGCAGCACUUGCUUACUAUGGAGGAGUUUGCACAGUCGUUGGAGAAGGAAAGUGUGGUCGAUGCGGAGAAUAUACGGGCGUUGGUGAAGGAACUUGCCGUAGAGGCGACUCAUGGUGUGGCUUUGUCAAUGCCCCGGGUCGUAGUUGCUGCGAGAAAGUUGAAGGAGUAG